GUAUUUAAGCCUGAAUUAGAGUUUAACCUGAAUAAGUUACACAUAGUCGUUGUAAUCCCACAAUGUACUAACAACUAGGUUUACCUAGGUAUCGCAGAAUUGGUGCUUAUAUAUGCCUAGUAACCGGGUUGUGACAAAACGGGACAGAGAAUAAUAACAUGAUGAGUUCCUGUCUUGAUUUCACUGAUCCUAUUCCCGAGGUUGAUUCUGAUCAUGAUUCUGUUUAUGUAGAGCACGACAGAAUGUUGUUUAUUCAAAGUUUAAAAGCAGUCGGGAAUUCAUUUGCUCUUGUUCGUGAAAGUAUUAAUGGUUAUCCCACCUACUUAAUGUAUGAAGGUCUCAGUGAUGAUGAUCAUUCUCCUACACAUAUAACUAGAAGUUUAACUCGAAACAAUAAGGGAGAGAAGGAUCCCAACAUCAAUGCUGCUCCAUCCAGAACACAUGGUGUUCUUCGUAGGACGAAUAAGAGACCUCGUCGGGGUUUGGGGAAAAGGGGGAGGAAGUAUUUGGAUGAGGGUGCUAACAAUGGGAAAGAUGUUUACGAUCUUCGUCCUAGGGGAAGUCGAAAACGUAGUGUUGCUAAAAAGCGCAAGUUUGAUCAAGGCAAAAUUGGUGAAAAAGAGAGGAUUUGUGUGAUCAAGACUCGGGGUGGGCAAGGUAAUCGGGUUGUGAAAGAGAGGAGGAUUUGUGUAAUGGGAACUCGGGGUGAUCAAGGCAAUGGUCAAGAUUAUGGUGAUUCUAAAAGGGCAUAUGAUAUCUGGCUAAACAAUAUUGGAAAGGGAUGUGGUCUUGAAAAUGGUAAUGCUGAAACGUCUUCGGACUCUGAAUUAGAGGUGUUUGAUAAAGAUCCGCAAUGCAGUGAAUGGAAAUAUACCCCAAUUUCAGUUUCUGAUGGACUUGAUACUUUGAUGAAGGAUGAUGAUCUCCAGUACAUAGGAGAGCGCAGUAAACCUGAGAAUCCCCAGUUCAGGAAAGAUGUUGAGGACAUCCUUAGAAGGCCUUAUGAUGAGAAAGAGUAUGAAACCCUUUGGCUACAAAUGAAUUCAAGAAAGCCGAUGCAAGGUUAUAGAGAAUUACGGGGGAAUUUAAAAGCAUACUCGAAAGAUGCAUUGGGAAAAUCUUACCUUGAUGAGUACCUUGACCUUCGAAUAAAGCUUGAUACAUUGGAAACUGAUCUGCCUAGAAGGUUGAAUGUUUUGCGUGGAUUCUUUUACUACUUAAAGCCUCAGGAGAGUAAAUUCUGCUGCCAAGACGAGGGAUUUUCACCGUUAGUUUACUGGCAAAGUGGUUUUUGAACAAUAAUAUAGCCAAUGAUGGAAUAUUCAAACCAUGGUUGGAUGAAUCAUGUUUGGCACUUGACCCAACUACUCAGCAGACUCUUCAAAUGGAAAUCCAAGAUGGAUCGAUGAGAUGCUGAGAUCUGACUUGUAAUCAAAAUGGGUUUUCCACUCUUAAACUUAUAAUCUUUGUUCCGGCACUUACGAUUGUAUUCUUUUCUCCCUAAAACAACUCAUAAUAAAACACCGCAUGUUAUCAUACUGA